UCGUUUGUUGCUCUUCGAUGUCCAUUAUCUCUCCAGCAGGCUCGAAUGUCGAGGAUCUAGGGUUAUUCUAAUUCCGACUCGGAAAAGCUUCUCAUUGCGUUGGUUUACUCCGAACCGAAUUGUUCAACCAUCGUACUUUCGCGUUGCUGCUGUUGUGUUUCAGUAUCAGAAGCCAGAGAGAAGCCAAAUCAACACGAGGUAACUUACCAAGCCCAGCAGUUGCACUUUUUAGUUUAGUUGCGUUUCGAUCGUCAACUCGGCCGGUAGCCUGGAAGUGCGCUUGUUCUGGAAGUGUUGUGUGGUGGUGAUUUGUACAAGAGUACAUUAGUUUGGGGUAUUAUUACUAGGUCCUACUUUGCUGGCGGUUUGUCGUGGGUACCUGCGUUUGAAUUUGCGGUUAGAAGUACGACGUGGAUAAGACAAGAAAAAAAUAUACAUUAAUAUACACGAGACACGAGGAAAAACAGAGGACCGGCUCGGGUAAUUCGAUCCCGAAACGAACAAAAGUGCAAUUUUAUUCCUUCGGUCUCCCCGGUUGGUUCACUUGGAUGUUCGAAUGUGAAAAGUACGCUUCAAUAUAUGUGCAUACCUGACAUACAAUCAUCGGCAUACCAAGUUGUCUGAAACAAGUGAAGCCCAAAAAAAGUUUUGUUUCCUUGCAAAUCUCUCCGAUAGUGCGUACGAUGACUUUCAGUUCUCAAUUAUAUAAGUCAACUCGCCGGAAUAUAGCUAUAUAGCUAAAGCAGUUAUAUUUGAGUACAAUCAUCAAGAAAACGAUCGACCAGCGAAGAUACAGAUGAAAUAGUCGAUCAAUAUAUAAGAAAAGCCACAACGUAUUCUUGGGAAAAUGAUUGGAUUACCAGUGCAGGAUCGCAGCAUCAGUACCUACCACUCGUAACCAUUGACUGAUUGACGAGAAUUGUUCAGUGGGGUGAACGAAAUAACAGUUGAACUGUAAGUUUUUCGGAAUAUAAUCUCAGCGACGCAUUGAGUCGAGUAGUAAGGAGGAAGAAAUAUUUCCUCAAGAGGAAAACACGCUACCGUAGAUAAGAGGUCAACCCGGCCAGCCAGCAUCAUGACAAUUAAUACAGACGACCACUACGCCGAUAAUGAAAGCAAAAGCAACAUUACCUCCAGACGCUACAGCACCAGCAGUUAUCAGGAUGUAGAUGAAGGUAUCAACAGUUCGUUCGGCAGCAAUGACAAAUCCACGCUGAUUCAGGUUUGGAAACCCAAAAGUUAUGGCGCCGUCAAGGGACAAAUUCCACAGCACGAACGACUCACAUACACAUGGAAGGAGAUCGAUGUGUUUGGAGAGACGCCAGGUGAUACCAAAAAGGAACCCCUGUGCAGUAGAUUGUGCUGUUGUUUCUCCCGCCAGAAGAAAGACUUCAAUCCCCGCAAACACCUACUGAAGAAUGUGACCGGGAUGGCUAAGAGUGGAGAGUUACUGGCUGUGAUGGGUAGUUCUGGCGCCGGUAAAACAACCUUGCUGAACGCUUUGUCCUUCAGGUCGCCUCCGGGGGUCAAGAUCGCACCGACUUCAGUACGUGCCCUAAACGGAAUCCCAGUCAACGCGGAACAGUUGCGAGCACGUUGCGCCUAUGUGCAACAGGACGAUCUUUUCAUUCCCGCGCUUACAACUCGAGAACACCUCGUAUUCCACGCAAUGCUGCGUAUGGGUAAAGAUGUACCCAAGAGUGUCAAGAUGAAUCGAGUCAACGAGGUGCUUCAGGAGCUUUCCUUAGCGAAAUGCGCAGACACAAUCAUUGGAGCGCCAGGUCGAAUGAAAGGCCUGUCCGGAGGUGAACGGAAACGGUUGGCCUUUGCAUCCGAAACCCUGACCGAUCCUCACCUGUUGCUUUGUGAUGAACCCACUUCCGGGUUGGAUUCGUUCAUGGCUCACAGUGUUCUACAGGUGCUGAAGGGAAUGGCCCUCAAAGGAAAGACGAUUAUACUGACCAUACAUCAACCUUCAUCAGAACUGUAUUGCUUGUUCGACAAAAUUCUCCUAGUGGCAGAAGGACGCGUUGCGUUUCUUGGAUCUCCCUAUCAGGCUUCGGAAUUCUUUUCUCAACUUGGAAUACCCUGUCCUCCGAACUAUAAUCCGGCAGACUUCUACGUGCAGAUGCUGGCAAUCGCACCGAACAAGGAAGCUGAGUGCCGCGACACGAUCAAGAAAAUAUGCGACUCCUUUGCUGUCAGUCCGAUGGCUCGGGAAGUUAUGGAGGUGGCCAAUUCCGGAAAGAACGUCGAAGAGCAGUACUACCUGCAGCCUAUGGAGGGAGCCAGCAGGACGGGCUACCGGUCCACAUGGUGGACCCAAUUUUAUUACGUGUUAUGGCGUUCGUGGCUAACGGUGCUCAAGGAUCCAAUGCUGGUGAAGGUUCGAUUGCUUCAAACGGCGAUGGUCGCCACUCUGAUAGGAUCCAUCUACUUUGGACAGAGGCUGGAUCAGGACGGUGUAAUGAACAUCAACGGAGCGCUUUUCUUAUUUCUUACGAACAUGACGUUCCAGAAUGUGUUUGCAGUCAUCAACGUAUUUUCCGCUGAGCUACCGGUAUUUCUACGGGAGAAGCGGUCGAGGCUUUUCCGCGUUGAUACAUACUUCCUGGGAAAGACCAUUGCUGAGGUGCCGCUCUUUUUGGCCGUUCCAUUUGUGUUCACCUCGAUCACCUAUCCAAUGAUUGGACUCAAAAGUGGAGCGACAUAUUACCUGACGGCACUGCUGAUUGUCGUUUUAGUCGCAAACGUGGCGACAUCUUUCGGCUAUCUAAUAUCCUGCGCAAGUUCAUCCAUUUCGAUGGCCCUAUCAGUUGGGCCGCCUGUCAUCAUACCGUUCCUGAUUUUCGGUGGAUUUUUCCUCAACUCAGCAUCAGUUCCGUCCUACUUUGAAUACCUAUCCUACUUCUCGUGGUUCCGCUACGCAAACGAAGCCCUGUUGAUCAACCAGUGGAGUACCGUGCAGGAAGGUGAUAUUGCCUGCACUAGAGCAAACGUAACCUGCCCUAGCUCUGGACAGAUCAUCCUGGAGACGUUCAAUUUCAAAGUGGAAGACUUCGGUUUCGACAUCGCUUGCCUCUGUAUGCUGAUUGUAAUAUUCCGCCUGGGAGCACUUUUCUGCCUAUGGCUACGCUCGCGGAGUAAAGAAUGAACAUCAAAGUUUCCUCUCGAUGUAAAAGUUAAGUAAAACGCAAGGAUGUCAUCACAAGAAUCUAGUUUAGUCAUGCCUGCCGUGUAGUAAGUGUAGCAAUUAGUCUGACUAAAAACCCCAAAUGCAAUGUGAGAUCGUUUGUUUCUGGUAGUAGCGCAAUUCAGCUCGAAUAUUUUUAUUACAUGUAAAAAAUAUUCAAAUAUACUUUUUAAAAAUACAAAAAAAAAA